AUGGACCAGGACCUCAUCAUUAACACCUCCCCCAAGAAACCCAGAGAACCCCCCAAGACCCUCUUAAUCCCCACCAACGACCGCCCUAGCGGCCCCGGGGGCUUCAUUCAGCUCUAUGGGAUCAGGGCCGGGUCCCUGCUGUGGGAGCAGGAGCUGCAGGCUCACAUGGGCUACGGGGCAGCACGGCCGUUCUUCCACACCUUCAGCUGCCAGGAGGGCCAGGCUGGGCUGAACUUCGCGGACGAGGCCGAGGCGGCCAUCUUUGAGGAGAGGGUGCAGGAGAGACUGCGGCGACGGCAGCAGCGAGUGGAGACCCGGCAGCUCCCACCCCCGCCGCCUCCUGGAGAUGAGCGUCGUGGGAGCCUUCCACGGCCCCCCCCGGCCCCUGUGGACAGCAGCGCCCCAUCGCUGCCGGCCGUGCCCAUCGCCAACCCUGACAUCACAGCAUCCCGCUACCGAGGGCUGCCCAGCCCCACGGCAGGAAGCCCCACAGCGGGCAGCGAGCGCAAGAAAGGCCGCAAGAAAAUCUCCAAGGCCGAUAUUGGGGCUCCUUCGGGCUUCAAGCACGUCGGCCACAUCGGCUGGGACCCCGACAAUGGCUUUGAUAUGGCGGCGCUGGACCCCGACCUGCGGGCGCUGUUUGCUCGCGCUGGGAUCAGCGAAGCGCAGCUGGCGGAUGCUGAGACCUCCCGGCUCAUCUACGACUUCAUCGAGGGGCAGGGGGGGCUGCAGGCCGUCAAGGAGGAGAUGAGGCGCCAGGCCCCCCAGGGCAGGGGGGGCACCCCGCCCCCUCCGCCUCCUCCGUCCGGACCCCCGCGGUCUCGCACUGGGCCGCUGCCCCCCCCCCCACCAUCCGGGGGUCCUCCGCCCCCUCCACGUGGGGGGCCCGGCCCGGCUCCCACCCCUCGGCCCGUGGCUCCGCCCCCUCCUCGAGGCUCCGCCCCCAGCUCCGUGGCUCCGCCCCCUCCGCCCCCACCACCGCCCCCCCCCAGCGGGAGCCCCUCGGUGAUGGGGGGGGUCAGCCCCGGGCGGGGGGCGCUACUGGAUCAGAUCCGGCAGGGGGUGACGCUGAACAAGGGACCCUCACCCCCCCCCACAGACGAAGGAGCCGACGGCGACGAGGACGACGAGGACGAAUGGGAUGAAUGA